ACCUGCAGCAAGUGCACAUUCAGUGCGCACUAGUUUUCUCACUGAAAAACGCUAUAAUUCUGUGUGCCGUGUGGUGCCGCAACCGCGUGCUACUUCAUCGUUUGGAGUCCAUUUUCUUGUAUUUUAGAUUCGUUAUUUUGCUGCAAGUAUAUUAAAGUCAUACAUUUACGAUUCGAGUAACAUUCAAUCCUAAUGCGUCUUGAUUAUAUUUCAUAUAGACCUUGAUACGUUUUUGUCGGGACAGGCUGCUAGCACAGAUAGACAUUUUUAUUCGCAAUUUCGAUGCUUUCGUGGCCAUUGUUAUGCUUUUUGUGGACUCAUUAUUUUGUAAAUUUAGAAACGUAGUGUAACUUGAGCGAUUUAACAUACAUAUAUUUAUGAUCGCAUUUCGAAUUUAUUACAUUCUGUGCAAACGUCAAGGAAACUACUGUUCUUGCGUUUUACAAUAUGUUGACUCAGCAAUACAAAUCAACGAUCAACGAAUCAAUCUCAAAAUUCUCAUUUUUGUAAUUAUAUCAUUAUAUUAUAAAUAGGUUCUAUAACAUGGUUGAUGAAGAGACUCGAAAAAUAUUAAAAGAUUUGAAGCUGGAAAAUCUCAUUGAAAAUUUUGAAAAAACUAGAUGACGAAAAAGAAAUUGAAACUUUAAUUAAUUUACUUGAUUUGAGUAAUGAGAAUCCACAAAAUAAUUGUACAAAUGAUUUCAAACAAUCUAUGAUAAAUUUAAAGGACUUACUUUUAAAAUAUAAAAUAGGCCAACAGAUUUUAAAUUAUUAUGAAAGAGAAAAUCAACUACAAGAAAAUUGUAGAAAUAAGUUGUGCGACAUUAUCAUUAAUGACAUCGAAAAAUGUAAAAUUAACAAAUGAUUUGGCUGAUUAUAUAUCAAAAAACAUAAUUAAUACUUUUCCGACUGAAGUAGCCAUAACAUAUUAUAUCCCACUUGUAUCGAAGAAAAAUUCUGUUAUUAAAAAAUCCAUGGUUGCGCGUGGAAAAAUAAUGAACAUGUGGCGAAAUAGAUGUACCUUAUAUAAAAAGUUCGGAACUAAAUUGAAAAAAGAAGAAAAUGAAAAAGAAAAUAAUGCUCCACAGGAUAUAGAUCAAAAAGUCCAAGACAGUAUGAAAUGGUUAGAUGAGAACGUUGCUCCAUGGGAACUAGUUCUUCAACAUUGGCUAACUACUUUUGAUAUUAGACGGAAAGAUAUUAACAAUUUUGAAGAAAAAACUUUGCAUAAUCUACUGAAUAGAUGGUCUGUUUUGAAACAUCCACAGGGAUAUCAAUUAAUUGUUCAAGAUUUUGAUACAAUGAAUUUAAGUAAAGUAAAAUUGGAUUUAAAUAUAUGGCAACAAUUUGUGGACGUUAUAAUAAAACAUUCAACAUGUAACAUUAAAAAUGACGAAGUAAAUUUAAUGUUACAAAAGUUAAAAAAUAAGGAUAUUUUAGACGAUACAAAAGUGGCUAUAGGUCUUAUGUUACUUCCACAUUUAAUUCCGCCAAAAAGCCUGAAGAAAUAUAAAGGCAAAUGUUAUAAACCCUCAAUAGCUAACGCCAAAGAAAGCCUGAUAAAACAUGCAAGCAUUCCUGGAGACAUGAUUCUAAUCAGACAAGAAGCAAGAAAACGUGCUGAAAUGUUAAAUUUGACGUUACAACCGUAUAUAGUCAUUUUAGGUUCUCUUGACGAAGUAAAGAGACAUACAUUCAAGUGGACGACAUUUUAUAUAAAGCAAAUAGUACUUUAGAGGCAAUUGAUGUAUGCUACAAAACAUACCAUGUUUUUCAAGUAAGCUACCCUAUAAUGAGUGAAUACCUUUGGAUGCUAAUCCAAAAAGGUAUUUAUCACUUUACUACAAAGUGGAAUUUUAUAAUUCCUAAUAUGGAGUAUAUAUUAAGUAAAGUAACAAAAUCUUUUG